CCCCGCGGGCCCCGUUGAGCCGCUGCGGCCCGAAGCGAACGGCCCGGCGGCCCGGGGCGGGACGGGGCGGGAUGGCGGCGCCGGUGCCAUCGCUGUGAGAGGGUCUUGCACACACCGGAGCAGGCUGGAUGCCCGCAGGCGGCAGGACACUCUCACAGGCUGCCCGGGCACUCGGCAGGGGCACAGGACUUCUCUCCUCACACACACAGGUUUCCUUGCCGAGCCCCUACCUGAGCUGUGCUGGUCUUCCCGGGGCCAGCCCCGGUUACUGGCACCAGCUGCUGUCACGGUGUCUGUCCCUCAGGUCUGCAGGCAGAAGCCCGCGUGGUGCUGCUGGGGCUUCCCAUUUCUCCCAGCUUCUCAACACUUGUCUUCGUCCAGCCUGCUCAGCAGCAGAGGACAUGGCAGAGCAGAGGUACUGUGUGGACUAUGCCAAGCGUGGCACAGCAGGCUGCAAGAAGUGCAAGGAGAAGAUUGUGAAAGGGAUGGUGCGCAUUGGGAAGAUUGUUCCCAACCCUUUCACGGAGUCUGGCGGGGACAUGAAGGAGUGGUACCAUGUGAAGUGCAUGUUUGAGAAGCUGGACAAAGCUCGGGCCACCACCAAGAAAAUCGAAGACAUCACGGACUUGGAAGGAUGGGAAGAGCUACAGGAUGGGGAGAAGGAAUUAAUCAACAAGCACAUCUCAGAAGCUAAUUCCAAGGCUGGAAGUACACCCAAGAAAAAAGUGAUAGUCCAAGCUAAGCUCACUGCUACAGGACAACUAACUACAAAAGAUCCAUUGGCUCUCAUCACUCCAUCACCAAAGAAGUUCUCUGGCUUCACAGCCAAGCCGAAGGGUUCCGAAGCCGUGCCUGGGAACGCGCCCCCGCAGCGCAGCCUGUCGGCGGAGCAGUGUGAGCCCGGGCACAAGGACUGCCUGCUGCGGGAGUUCCGCAAGCUCUGCGCCAUGGUGGCCGAGAAGCCCAGCUACAAUGUCAAGACCCAGAUCAUCCAGGACUUCCUGAAGAAGGGCUCGGGAGGAGAUGGUUUUCACGGUGAUGUGUACCUGACCAUUAAGCUGCUGUUACCAGGUGUCAUUAAAAUUGUUUACAACUUGAAUGAUAAGCAGAUUGUAAAACUGUUCAGUAGGAUUUUUAACUGCAGCCAAGAAGAAAUGGUCCGGGACCUGGAACAAGGAGAUGUUUCCGAGACCAUACGCCUCUUCUUUGAACAGAGCAAGUCUUGUCCUCCAGCAGCCAAAAGUCACCUCACCAUCCAAGAGGUGGAUGAAUUCCUCAUCCAGCUGUCAAAGCUUACCAAGGAGGAUGACCAGCAAAGUGUGCUGCAACGCAUCACCCGCAGAUGUACGGGCAACGACCUGAAGUGCAUCAUCAGGCUAAUUAAACAUGACUUGAAAAUGAAUGCUGGAGCAAAGCACGUGUUGGAUGCUUUGGAUCCCAACGCUUACGAGGCCUUCAAAGCCUCCCGCAACCUGCAGGACGUGGUGGAGCGAGUCCUGCGCAACCGCCGGGAGGCCCAGCAGGCGCCGGGCGUGAAGCGAACCCUGAGCGUGCAGGCCUCGCUGAUGACCCCGGUGCAGCCCAUGCUGGCUGAAGCCUGCAAGUCCAUCGAGUACGCCAUGAAGAAGUGUCCCAACGGGAUGUACGCCGAGAUCAAGUACGACGGCGAGCGGGUGCAGGUCCAUAAAAAUGGAGAUCACUUCAGCUACUUCAGCAGGAGCCUCAAACCUGUCCUCCCACACAAAGUAGCCCAUUUUAAGGACUACAUCCCUCAGGCUUUCCCCGGUGCGCAAAGUAUGAUCCUGGAUUCAGAAGUUCUUCUGAUUGACAACAAAACUGGCAAGCCACUUCCUUUUGGGACUCUUGGUGUGCAUAAGAAAGCUGCUUUCCAGGAUGCCAAUGUUUGCUUGUUUGUGUUUGACUGCAUCUAUUUCAAUGACAUCAGCCUGAUGGACAGGCCCCUGUGUGAACGACGCAAGUUUCUCCACGACAACAUGGUGGAAAUUCCCAACAGGAUCCUCUUCUCGGAGAUGAAGCACGUCACGAAAGCUUCAGAUCUGGCAGAUAUGAUCACCCGAGUCAUCCGUGAGGGACUGGAAGGACUGGUGCUGAAAGAUAUAAAGAGCAAUUAUGAACCAGGCAAACGCCAUUGGCUGAAGGUGAAGAAGGACUACCUGAAUGAGGGUGCCAUGGCUGACACAGCAGACCUGGUAGUGCUGGGAGCUUUCUAUGGACAUGGCAAUAAAGGUGGGAUGAUGUCUAUCUUCCUCAUGGGCUGCUAUGAUCCCAAGAGUGAGAAGUGGUGCACUGUGACCAAGUGUUCUGGUGGCCAUGAUGAUGCUACCUUGGCACGUCUGCAAAAUGAGCUAGAUAUGGUGAAGAUCAGCAAGGACCCGAGUAAAAUUCCAAAGUGGCUAAAAAUUAACAAAAUCUACUACCCAGACUUCAUUGUCCCAGACCCAAAGAAAGCUCCAGUGUGGGAGAUCACGGGAGCCGAGUUCUCCAGAGCUGAGGCCCACACUGCAGAUGGGAUCUCCAUUCGCUUCCCCCGCUGCACCCGCAUUCGAGAUGACAAGGACUGGAAGACAGCCACCAACCUCCAGCAGCUCAAGGAGCUGUACCAGCUCUCCAAAGAGAAGGCUGAUUUCAGUGUUGUUGCUGGGGAGGAAGAUGAGUCCACAGCUGGAAGCAGUGGAGAGAAUGAGGGAAAUUCCAGGUCUUCCACACCACACAGCAUUAUCAAAACUCCUCCAAGCAAGUCACCUGCAAAAGCCAAGCCAGAAGAGAGCAAACCAGCCAUUGAAUCACCUCAAAAACCAGAGGAGAGACGAGGGGAGAAGAGAAAAGCAUCUGAGAUGGAAGACAAUGGAAAAAAGGUCCUGCUGGACAUCUUCACUGGGGUGAAGCUGUACCUGGCGCCCUCCGUGAAGGACUUUGACAAGAUCCGGCGCUACUUCAUCGCCUACGACGGGGACAUCGUGCCCGAGUUUGACACAGCCUCAGCCACCCACGUUAUUGGGGACAUUGAUGACAAUCCUAGUGCUAAACGUGUGUCCCCCAAGUGGAUCUGGGAAUGCAUCCGGAAACAAAGACUGGUGGCCCCGUGCUAGCAGAGUAGGGCACCCAGGCAGUCCUGACACAAGAGUUUCCUGAAGGCAAUGGCUGAGAACGUAGGUAGGUGGAAGAAAUGGUGAGAGUCUCUGUGGAGACAUGGACAGAAUAACAUCUAAGUCUGUCUGAGGUAGUUAUAAAGAUCCAUAGCAACCAUCUGGAAUGAAUUAAAAGAGCUCUCUGAAGAAAUGUCACUGUUGAAUCCAUUUUUCUGCCCAUAAUGUAAACCACUGCACUUACCGAGGUGCUGGUUUAGUCUCCUUGGGUUUUUACAACUUGGGUAUUUUUAUAGAUAAAGAAAUAAAACUGAAGCAGUUUCUCCUUU